AGUAAAAUGCUCAAGAUAUGACAAAGAGGCUAGCACCAUUAGCCAGAUAGGCCGAACAAAAUCACCAACAUGUCAAUUGAAGCCUUCACUGAAAAACGCCAUAUUGAAAAUGAAAAAUAAAAUGUCCAACAUUGAAGAGGAAGUUAAAGAUUCUAAGAAAGAGUUUGGGAAAGUUUUGGAAGAGUUAGCCAAACUUCAAGAUGCAUUGAAAAAUAUUUCUUGCAUUCAAACCAGCAAACCACCAAAGAAAGGUAAAACUGUGCUUUGAUGUGCGGCCUAUUGCACGAAGAAAAUGUAGUUUUCGUCAUAUAAGAGUAGUAAAUAGUAUGCAGUUUUCGAUCAGUAAAUAUCUCUGUGAUUGCGCCGGCCCAACAAGUCUAGACAAAAAUUUCAUCACAACUUGAAAGAGCAUCACAAAAUUAGUAAUAUGGCAAAGUUUCGUUGCGAAAUGUUGUAAAAUGCGGAUAAUAUAUAGCCUUGCGAAGUUUGCAAUUUUUAGUCCUAUUAUAUUACGCGCGCGGGAUAUACAUACCUCCUUCGGAAAAAGGGUAUGUAUUUCCCGCGCGUAUAUAUAAUACAAUAUGACUGAAAAUUGCAAACUUCGCAAGGCUAUAUUAUCCGCAUUUUACAAAUUACAUUUCGCAACGAAACUUUGGAGGGGGUCUAUUAUAGGGGGUACGCAUCUCCGAAAACCGAGCUGUUUUUCAAAUUUUAACCGCAAACCGCGCACUCAUUUCUCUUUUAAACGUAACCGCGUUCAAACCGAGGCAUAUGUGGUAAUAUAUUUCGAAACAUACUCCGCAAAUGUGAGGCAAUAGACCAAUUGUCAGUAUGUAUAGUCGCCAUUUCCAUUGGAGUAUUGAAAAGGGAGCCGUUCACAAGUUUCACGCGAACAUGGUAGUAUAAAAUUUGGCAAUUGGCAAAGCAAAGGAAGCCUUAGCAGUCUAAAUAGCUAUAAAAAGGUUUUCCUUCCAUCGCUGCUUACGUUUUGUGUGAGAAACAAUCAAGUUGCUUUGAUUUCAUCUUUUCGGGCAAAUAUUUAUUACUUUGAGACUCAGUUCGUAAUUAGUAGCAAUCGGCAAGUCAGAAUAUUAAAAAGCAGGUUUUACUUUUACAGAAUAAUUUUUCCUGCAAUAAUUUCACAACCUCCGGUAAUUUUUCCCCUCGAAUUUUUAACAAAUUAAGCGGAAUUUUUGGUGUUCCGGUGUUCCGUGUUCUGGUGUUCCUGAUUUUACUAAUAGCCCGGCCACUUUGCCUAUUUGAUAUCGUCAUUUCGAGACCCUGUGGAACAACACACACGCGUGAUCGGAAGAUGAAUGCCAUGAACUGAAUUAUUGCCAUGAGCACGUAAAAUAUUUCUUAACCGCAUGUUAAAAACUAUCCGAAAACCGCUAUUUAUUUCGGUCAAUAACCGAAUCCGGAGGGUUAAUUUCGACAUUUUCCGUCUCCGCACGAUUUCCAGUUAACCGCAAACCGUACAAAACAACUGGAUAUAACCGAAAUCCGACCUCAAAAUAUGGCUAAAUCCGCAUAACCGCGAAACUAUAAUAGACCCCCUUUGGAGUAUUACUAAUUUUGUGAUGCUCUUUCCAGCUGUAACAAAAUUUCUGUCUAGACUUGUUGAGAUCUAAAUUUUAGUCAAAAGGUGAAAGGUCCAUUAUGCCAUAAAAUCGUCCAGUACGAUCAAAUAUCGAUCGAGUUACUUACCAUGGAAGUGACCCUGUGUGUCAAUAUCUUCAGGAAUAUUAUUAAUAUAUAAACUCGAUGGCAGACAUUGUUCUUACUACUUCAAAAUAGGAUGGUUGCUAUUGCCUAUAGCGCAAAAUGAUACGUUGAGGAGGUGGAUAAUUUUAAUUUCACCCAAUUAUGGCUUACAAUUUGCCCACUUUGUGUGUAUUCUGCUACGAUACAUGUGAAUAAAUGGGGUAAUGUAGUACACCCACUAACUGCUAUGCAAAUAUUUUUGGUUGACUUUUGUCCUGGCACGUCAGGUUAAUGUCAGCGUAGAUUGUUUCAAGAACAACAAUAUAUAUAUAUAUAUAUAUAUAUAUAUAUAUAUAUAUAUAUAUAUAUAUAUAUAUAUAUAUAUAUAUAUAUAUAUAUAUAUAUAAUUUCGCUUACCUCAAAAUUCCGCAACAGUCUGUUUCAUCACUAAAGAAUCACUAUGAUGAUUCUGAUGAUUCUUUACUGAUGAAACAGACUGCAUGUUGCGGAAUUUUGAGGUAAGCGAAAUUCUACAUUUGCUCUAUCUUUAUGAUAUUGAGCACUCUUUGCGUUUCGUAUACAUAAACCUACUCGUAUAUAUAUAUAUAUAUAUAUAUAUAUAUAUAUAUAUAUAUAUAUAUAUAUAUAUAUAUAUAUAUAUAUAUAUAUAUAUAUAUAUAUAUAUAUAUAUGUAUAUAUAUAUGACAUCAGUAAGCAGUAAGACAUGUUUGCCCCACGACUUGCAUGGUUUCUAAUAUUAUGUAAGAGAUGGAAGCCAAGUGAAUAGCUAGGAGCUCGAGCUAUAAUAGCUUGGAGCUAAGUUGGCUUCCAGCUAGAAACUAAGCCCCAAGUUACAACAACAGCUACAGAAAGGGUUCAACGAUUUCAAGAAACGGUUGGGCCUACUUCCUCCCAGAAAGACAAUAUAAGAGCAUCUACGUACCUAAAACUUAGCCAGGCUUUUUACCAAAUAUAGUCCCCGAGCCGAGGCCGCGAAGCGCAUUGCGAGGGUACUAAUUCCGCACGGCUAUUUGCCCCCGGGGAAAGGAAAGCAUUAGCGAAGUCUAAAGUUCAUCAACGACCGCGGGCGUGGGUCACCAAUCAUGAGUGCAUGUGGUUAUCCUCACUGAUCUCAAAAUAUAGCGGACUGUUAUGAACAGCCAAGACUGAUUUGUCCAAUUUAAAAUUUGCAUAUAACGACUGCAUGACGACAGCGAAAUAGCAAAUUAACAUUUCUUGAUUUUAUGAUUUCUAAAUUUCUUGCAAAUAUAUUUCAUUUUUGCUCGCAUUUUUGCAAGAUUUUGUAAAUUUCAAAAGCAUUCUGAGAAAGAAAGGGCGAAAGAAUCUGCUAAAAGAAGGGAGCCGACGUUAACGAAGGUAAGUUUGUUUUAAAUAUUUAUUUUAAAAUUGCGGCUUUAAAACCCGACGGCCUUUGCGUAUAUGAAACUGAACUAAACAAGACAGCAUAUAAUUUUAGUGUGAUCUUUAUUGAUUGCCCUUUUUUUAUCAGUAUAUUGAUUUUUUUAAAUAAAAAAGAAGGCAAAGUUAUUUGCAUGCGAGAAUUUUAAAUAAUUUUAUUGCAAACUCAAAGUUUAUCGAUAAAGCCAUUUAAUUAAAGGCAGUUUAGUCUCGAGUUUAGUUUUAUAAAUCUAAAGAACACUUUAAAACGUUUUGCGAAGCGUUUGUGGUUGAAGCUUAUAUUACGUAUAAUAUCAUACCUAACAAACAUAUGUUAGCAAAUUGAUAAUUUUGUAAUUAAAAGUGAUCUUUUUAUGCGAUUUUUCAUUUGUAAGAAUAUUAUUAAAAAAUUAUCGUGUUACCAUGACAACUACUUUAGAUACUUCAUGUUCGGAAAAUACAAUGGUUUUGUCAGCAAGGCGAGGGUUUCUGCAUGCAUGUAUUUUCUAGUUUAGGAUUAAAGGGGGUAUGUUUUAAACGACCCCUUAUAUACCCAUAUGCUCGUUGGUUUUCGGAUUCGCGCCAUGCAGCGCCGUAACUUAAAUUUGUAAAUAUUAUAUCAGAUAUUGUGAAACGAUUUGAUUUAAAUAAAUUUAAAUACAGCAUUUCUUUGUCUACUGACCAUUGCCUAAGUUAUGUAAGAAAGGCUUCCGUAAAAUCAAAAUAAUACAUGCAUGUUAUACUACACCGGCAGUGUCUGGCACCGGCCGUAACUCGAGAUUAUAUAUACAUAUAUGUUAUUUACCGGCUGCGAGGUCCGGAUGAGAAAAACUGUGCCCGAGGUCUUGAAAACGGCCCGAGCCCGAAGGGCGAGGGACGUUUUCAAGCCCGAGGGCACAGUUUUUCUCAUCCGGACCGACGCUGCCGGUAAAUAACGUGUUUAUUUUUUAUCAGAUGUAAAAAUUAAAUUGAUUAAAAUUCCAGUGUUGCUUGCGAACUAAUUUGAGAUCAGUGCAGUUGUGUAUUUUCAAAGCGAGGCUGACAAAAAUUGAAAAGUUGAAAAGUAAUAAAAGAUAUAAAACACGAAUACGAAAACUCGAGAUAACUGGCAAGAAACACACAAAAAGACGUAUAGUUUCAGUAAAAAUGUACAUGCUUUUUUCAUGAAUAUGCAUGGUAGCAGAGAACUGAGAGAAGCUUUGGAAUAAAAUCUUUAAUUUAUGCCUGGCGUUUUGGCUUUGGCUUAAUCAUAAUCUAUGCCUAUGGCUUAAUGACAAGUUGUUCCUGACAACGACAGGUUCAUGUUCAGAUCCGAUCAAAAACAUAUAAAAAUGAAUCUGUUUUGAUUUAAUUCACGUUUUUCUACUAAAAGGACAAUGAAAAAGGUAUGUUAUUUUUAUAUUUUUGUAUUUUUUCUUGUCGUUUCACGAUAAUAUGCUUGAAAAAAGUGUUUUUAAACACAAACUUUUACUUUGUUUACAAUAUUAAAAUAUUUAUAUCAGUGAAAAAUACAUGACACAAAUGGGUAGAGAAUAUAUUCGUGACAUGUUUUCAUUGCUGCAGUUAAACCUUCUUUUAAAUUGGAAAACAUUUGUAUUACAAUAUCUGUUUAAACUGUAAUUUUUUCGCUUUUAAGUGGCCGAAUACAUGAGCAUUCAAAAAAUAUAUAGUUUUCUCGACGUAAGUUUUAUACAUGUCAACUACUUUCCGACUUUCAGUCGCAUUUCUAUCAAAGUAUUGUCAAUUCUCGUGAACAUCGUGCUUAGUAUGAAGCCUUUAGGGCUUGAUGCAAUUCAUUUUUGUAUUCUGACUACCCAGCUAACACAAUCACGUUGUCGCAACGUUAUCUGAACGUUCGCCGAACGUCCGGACUACGUUAUAAUUUUUGGUUGUGGUAACGUUUUUUUGUGAACUCCUAAAAACGUAGCACCAACGUUGGGUAUUACGUAGCGUUUUACGUUCCCACAACGUUCAAGCGACGUCCCACGAACAACGUGCAGACAACGUUAAUAGUAUAACGUUGCGACUUUACGUUGGCUUAACGUUAUGCUGCAACAUUAGACCAACGUUGUGCUGCAACGUUAGACCAGCAACGUAUAUACAACGUUGGACGUUUAACGUUGUUGGAAAGUUAUUUUGUGAACUCCGAAAAACGUAAUAUAAACGUUAGGAAUAACGUUGCGAUUAUGCUUCAACAACAAGCUGUAUACAUAGACGUUUCUGGAACGUACGUUUUGGUCAUCUACUUAAAUCUACUAGCUUAAGCCGUUUAUAUUUUCUAAAAUACCAAAGUCAUAGUACGAUUGAUUCAUGCGAAUCGUGCUUUGAUAUUUCAUAAAAUAAAUGACUUGAAUAUUACCAAAACGUACGUUCCAGGAAGGUCGAACUAACAUUUACAUUAUAACUUUAAAAAUUAAGUAAGUAAAUGAGAAGAAUUGAAUGAAUGCAUAUUCGUUUAUUAUUCAACUACAAAAAUCUUCUAAAAAUAUUCAAAUAUAUAUAUAUAUAUAUAUAUAUAUAAUAUAUAUAUAUAUAGUAUGUUCUUGAUGUACUGUAUUGACAUGAUAUUGCAACGCAAUUUAUUCAGCAGUCACUCGAUCACUCGUUUUUACGAUCCUGCAAACGAAAAACACUACAAUUAUACAUAUUGCAUUUUCUUUUAUCUCCUUCGACGAACAGAUUUUUUGGCAGAUUUUUUCGUUUAAAAAUUGUUUCACUCCUCAGUUUUUGCCGCGAAAACCAGAGCGGGCAGUUGCAUUUCACAGCGGGCAGUUGCGUUUCAGAUCGAGCGGGCCGGAUGCAAAAAACCGGCCCGCUCUGAAAGGCUCCUCAGCCAAUCAGAUUGCUUCAUUUUCACUGAUAAAAAAUAAAAUAAAAUACUUUCGAAAUUUUUCCAAUGACCUUUCAGCGUCGUAAAAUUAUGAUUUUCUUUCUUCCUCGCCGUGUCGUAUAAAAUCGUCGAAGAAAGCAAGUGCAAUUGCCUAUAAUCGAUAUCUUUUUGGCUUCUAGUUUCGACCAUUUCGUUUUGCUAUUAUCAUGCUGAUGUACAGUGGCAAAGGUCGCGUGCUAUCAAAUGCUACCAUGAAGAAAACCGCUGAGCAAGACAGGCGCCUCGCAAUUCUGGCUAUAAGCCAAAUAAAAUUCUACUGUGCGAGAAAAAAUAAAGAUUAAUUUAAUUAUUUUCUUUCAUCUAGAAGGCAAAGACUGCGCUGAUUUAUACAAAAACGGAAAAAGAGAAAGUGGAGUUUAUGAAAUUGAUCCAGACGGUAAAGGCAGUUUCAAUGUCUUCUGUGAUAUGACAACUUCAGGAGGAGGCUGGACUGUGUUUCAACGUCGUCUUGACGGAAGUGUUGAUUUCUACCGAGGGUGGCAAUAUUACAAACACGGCUUUGGUGACCUGAAUGGUGAAUUCUGGCUCGGACUGGAUAAGAUCAAUAGAAUUACAAGUGCUUCACACAAUAAACUUCGCAUCGACAUGGAAGAUACUUCUGGAAACACAACAUAUGCAGAAUAUGAUUCCGUUGCCAUCGCUAAUGAGCAGCAGCUGUAUAAAUUGAGUAUUGGAACUUAUAAUGGUAAGUGUUUCAUUAAAUACACCCACUAGUACUGAUCCUAAAGAAAAAAACUUUGACGAUGGUGCAUGUAUACAAUCCAUUAUGCCGUACCUAUUCUGUAUACCACCAUAAAGACCAUAAAUGAUUUAACAUAUGAAAUCUAAAUCAUCCCCGGUUGGAAUCUCGUCCGAAAGAACUAGUAGUAGAUGUUUUUUUAGAAUGCAAAUUUAUUAUAUUUCAUUUCGUUGCGCAUGCCUUGAACUUUUUCUGUGUUUUUCGAUAAGAUAUCGCUGAACUCUAUUGGUUUUGUAUGAAUUUUUAUUGUGCCGUACUCUGAAAGUUUGUGAUCAUGAAGUGACGGCCGUCAAGAAGUGAAGAACAUCUACAUAUUUCAAAUUAUUUUUUAGAAUAUUGCGAUGGUAUUUUACCAACCGCUAUAGGCCAGUGUGAACGCCUGAGCAGGCGUUUUGUUUAUUAAAGAUUCUUAUUUUAAUAUGUUAGGUACAGCAGGAGAUUCACUUUCAUAUCAUGAAGGAAUGCCGUUCACUACUAAGGAUGCCGACAAUGAUCCAUAUUAUUGGAGCAACUGUGCCGCGCAAUUCAAAGGUGCCUGGUGGUAUAAGACUUGUCAUAAUUCGAACUUGAAUGGUCUGUAUCUUUACGGGGCACACAAAUCGCGCGCAAAGGGCGUGAACUGGUACCAUUGGAAAGGAUUUUACUAUUCACUGAAAUCAACAUCAAUGAAAAUUCGGCCAGUUGCUUUUUAAUAUUAUAUCCCUCCACAGGGGGCCCCACUAUGAGUUAUGAUUGAAAUAAUAUUGUAUUUAUUUUUAAAAACCUACUUGAAUCCCUUGAUAAUCGAUUAUUUCUCUCGAAAUUCUGUAAACAUUUUAAACUGCUUGAAUCCAUUAUA